AUGCAUACGUUUCAGCCUGCGAAGGAGAGCUUGUUCGGUUCGCUGUGGAACCCUGGGUUGACUGUCCCUGCGCGUCAAUCUCUCUCACAGCAGGGCGGCUUUACAUCCAAGUCGCGCCCAAACCUCCUUCUAAAUGGUCUGGACAACGAAAAUGCUGAGUUUUCUCAACCCCUUGCCGAGAAUCACAUUUGCACAGCACAAAAACACGUACCAUCAUUUCUUUACGGAACCUCGGGCGCAGGAAAGAUGCAAACUGUCUUUGAGUAUCUCAGCAAAAACAAAGGAUUUGCGGACGACUUUAUGAGGAAUCCAGGUUCAAACGAUCUCGUGAACUCUCUGGAUUGCAACCUGCAAAUGGCGGGCAACGACACUCGAAUCAGUGAGCAGAACAGGAUCAGAAUCCAUAACCGGGUUUCGAUGCUCCUCUUUAUCAGGUAUGUUGUCCACGAGAAGCUUGAAGCGCGCUUCAAAGAGCGCUUGAAGAGGGGAAUGAAUCCUUACGAGUGGUUACUCUAUCAGAUAUUUCCGGAACUUUUCCUUGGCAAGGAUGUGUUUCCCGCCACCGUCGAGGGAAGUAUUGGGCCGAAACGAACGUAA